AUGGAGAAGAAGAAGCCCCAACAUGUUGGGUACUUGAAGCUCUUGGCUUUUCUGCUUUAUAGGUUUUCUUCCUUGUUACUCUGUGCCAACUCUCAACCAAGCUCAAGCAACGACGCUUCAGUAAUGCUAGCCCUCAAGAAGAGCCUCAACCCGCCUGCUUCAUUUGGAUGGUCCGACCCGAACCCGUGCAAGUGGAGCUAUGUGGGCUGCUCAGAUGACAAGAGGGUGACCCGGAUCCAGAUUGGUCACCAGAACAUUCAAGGUACGCUCCCUCCAAGCCUCCAAAACCUGACUCAGCUAGAGAGACUAGAGCUUCAGUGGAACAAUAUUUCGGGUCCUCUUCCGAGCCUAAGUGGGUUAGGCUCAUUGCAAGUGUUGUUACUUAGUAACAACUUGUUCACUUCAAUUCCUAGUGAUUUCUUUACUGGCAUGACCUCACUUCAGUCUGUUGAGAUUGACAACAACCCUUUUACUGCUUGGGAGAUCCCCCAAACCCUCCAGAACGCAUCUUCGCUUCAAAAUUUCUCAGCCAAUUCUGCCAACAUUACCGGAAAGAUACCGGAUUUUUUCAACACCGAUGCGUUUCCGGGGCUGGUUAACUUGCAUUUGGCUUUUAAUUACCUCGAGGGUCAAUUGCCGGAGAGCUUUUCAGGGUCGGAGAUGCAGUCUCUUUGGCUUAAUGGGCAACAGAGUGUGGGCAAGCUUGUUGGCAGCAUUGGUGUUUUAAGCAACAUGACUACACUCACUGAGGUUUGGUUGCAUUCUAAUGGAUUUUCGGGUCCUUUACCUGACUUUUCCGGGUUGACAGAUUUGAGGAGCUUGAGUUUGAGAGAUAAUUUGUUCACUGGACCUGUUUCGGUGUCGUUGUUGAACCUCAAGUCAUUAGAGUCUGUGAAUUUGACUAACAACUUGCUCCAGGGGCCAAUGCCAGAAUUUCCCAAGGGGGUUUCAGUUGAUAUGACUAAGGAUUCAAAUAACUUUUGCCUGCCAAGUCCUGGUCAAUGCGAUCCUCGAGUGGAUACUUUGCUUUUGAUUGUUAGUUCAAUGUCUUAUCCCCAAAAGUUUGCAGAGAAUUGGAAGGGGAAUGAUCCUUGUGCAGAUUGGAUUGGAGUCACUUGUAGAAAUGGCAACAUUACAGUCCUCAAUUUUCAGAAAAUGGGCCUCACCGGAACCAUUUCUCCGGCUUUCGCCUCACUGAAGUCACUCCAAAGAGUGGUUCUUGCUGAUAACAAUUUGACAGGAUCUAUUCCAGAGGAGCUAGCCACUCUGCCUGCACUUACCCAAUUAGAUGUGUCAAACAAUCUGCUUUAUGGCAAAAUCCCAGCUUUUACUAAGGCUAAUGUGAUUGUGAACACUGAUGGAAACCCUGAUAUAAGGAAGGAAAAGAGUACCAAUGGGCCAUCUCAGAAUUCAACGAACCCUUCUACAAGUAUUUCUGGAAAUGGUAACGGUUCUGGACCUCAUGGGAAGAAGUCUUCAAAUUUAGUAGGAGUUAUUGUGUUCUCUGUUAUCGGUGGUGUUUUUGUGAUGUUCUUAAUUGCACUGUUGGUUAUCUGUUUGUAUAGAACAAAACAAAAGCGAUUGAGCAGAGUUCAGAGCCCGAAUGCAAUGGUAAUCCAUCCUCGCCAUUCUGGAUCUGAUAAUGAGAGCAUGAAGAUAACAGUUGCAGGCUCUAGUGUUAGUGUUGGUGCACUUAGUGAAGCUCACACUGUUCCUAGUAGUGAGCCAAGUGACAUCCAAAUGGUUGAAGCAGGAAACAUGGUGAUAUCUAUUCAAGUGCUACGGAAUGUGACCAACAAUUUCAGUGAAGAAAAUAUAUUGGGAAGAGGAGGUUUCGUGACAGUUUAUAAAGGGGAACUGCAUGAUGGAACAAAGAUUGCUGUUAAGAGAAUGGAGGCUGGGGUGAUAGCUGGAAAGGGGCUUGCGGAAUUUAAGUCUGAAAUUGCAGUUUUGACCAAGGUUCGGCACAGGCAUCUAGUUGCACUUCUGGGGUAUUGUUUGGAUGGCAAUAAAAGGCUUCUUGUAUAUGAAUAUAUGCCUCAAGGGACACUCAGUAGGUACAUAUUCAACUGGCCUGAAGAAGGACUGAAGCCACUUGAAUGGACAAAAAGGUUGACCAUUGCAUUAGACGUAGCAAGGGGAGUCGAGUAUCUUCAUAGUUUAGCCCAUCAAAGUUUCAUACAUAGAGACCUAAAGCCUUCAAACAUUCUUCUUGGAGAUGAUUUGAGGGCUAAGGUUGCAGAUUUUGGCCUUGUGCGGCUUGCUCCAGAGGGUAAAGGUUCAAUUGAAACAAGAAUUGCAGGGACUUUUGGAUACUUGGCACCAGAAUAUGCAGUUACUGGUCGUGUGACAACUAAAGUAGAUGUAUUCAGCUUCAGGGUGAUUUUGAUGGAGCUAAUCACAGGGAGAAAAGCACUUGAUGAGAGCCAGCCUGAGGAGAGCAUGCACCUUGUCACAUGGUUUCGGAGGAUCUUUAUUAAUAAGGACUCUUUCCGCAAGGCCGUUGAUCCAACGAUUGAUCUUGAUGAGGGUACACUUGCCAGUGUAAGCACUGUUGCAGAGCUAGUAGGUCAUUGCUCUGCAAGAGAGCCCUAUCAAAGGCCUGACAUGAGCCAUGCUGUUAAUGUUUUAUCUUCUCUGGUGGAGCUCUGGAAACCAAGUGAUCAAAGUUUUGAAGACAUAUAUGGUAUCGAUCUUGAAAUGUCAUUGCCACAAGCACUUAAGAAAUGGCAGGCUUAUGAAGGUAGGAGCAAUAUGGAAUCCUCUUCGUCAUCGCUUCUUCCAAGCUUGGACAAUACUCAGACUAGCAUCCCCACACGCCCCUAUGGCUUUGCCAAGUCUUUCACAUCUGCGGAUGGGAGGUAGAUAAGAAGUAGUUGUAAAUGAUUGUAAUGGUGAUUUGGUUUGUUCAUUCUGGUUGCUCCUACUGUUUCCGUGUACAAUUUGUUCAAACUCCUGUGUUUUAGCCUUAAUAGUUUCGGAUACUUACC